GGGUGGGAGGGAACGCUUUGGGUAAACGCCAUUCUCCAUUGGCCGCUCCUGCCACCCGAUCCCGCUCUUUCCCAAACUAGGGAGCUUAAAACAAUAGCCGGUGAAAUUUCAUCCCUUUGCGGGAAUCAGAAACUCUUGGGUCGAUCUCGAAGGGGUCCAGCAGCUUUGUGUCCGAGUCAGGCCAAAACACCCAUCCCACAAGAUGUCCAGCAAGCGAGCCAAAGCAAAGACCACCAAGAAGCGCCCUCAGCGUGCCACCUCCAAUGUCUUUGCUAUGUUUGACCAGUCACAAAUCCAGGAGUUCAAGGAGGCUUUCAAUAUGAUUGACCAAAACCGAGAUGGAUUCAUUGACAAGGAGGAUCUGCACGAUAUGCUAGCAUCUCUUGGUAAGAAUCCCACUGAUGAGUACUUGGAAGGUAUGAUGAGUGAAGCACCCGGGCCCAUCAACUUCACCAUGUUCCUCACCAUGUUUGGAGAAAAGCUGAAUGGUACCGAUCCAGAAGAUGUUAUCCGAAAUGCUUUUGCCUGCUUUGAUGAGGAAGCCACAGGUUUCAUUCAUGAGGAUCACCUGCGUGAAUUACUCACCACCAUGGGCGACAGGUUCACAGAUGAGGAAGUCGAUGAGAUGUAUCGAGAAGCCCCCAUUGACAAGAAAGGCAAUUUCAACUACGUGGAGUUCACUCGUAUCUUGAAGCACGGAGCCAAAGACAAAGAUGAUUAGAAUUAAGGGAGUCCAACUUUUUGCUGCCACUGUCCAUGUCCCAAGCCCCUUGCUGCUCCCUGAAGAGUCCCUGCCAUCAUGAUCCUGUGUCAGUGUGGGCUGAGCCCAAGGGGGAAAGGCUCUGAAGUAUUUCAGCAGAGCAAGCGCUAAUUUAAAGGAAUUAUACACUUCUUGCAAGUUUAUUCACCUGCACCUCCAUACACCAUACAGAUCAUAUUGGUCCUUUGUUAAGCUACUCCUUGAUUAUGUAGGUCUCAUGGAAUAAGGUACUUUGAUCCCUCCCUCUUAAAGGUUCUAAUUGCAUAGAUUUUGCCAAAGGAGGUAGAAGAUACACUGGAUUACCAGGCCAUCUGGCACUGUACAUAUAUGACAUACAAUCACCCAAAGCUGGAUCCAGUAUCCUCUACGGGGGCUUGCUGAGAUAGCCACUUGAGUCUCUUAUGUAGACCAUCAAUACUUUUAACACUUAUAGCACUUUUUUCACUUGCAAAGGGAUUUACGUUGCAAUCCUAAAUAGAGUUACACCCUUUUAAUUCGACUGAAGUCAAUGGGCUUAGAAGGGUAUAACUCUUCUUAGACAUUCACAGUUACUGUCUUUACUGUUUUCUUAUUACCAGUAAUCUGUGGUAUUAGCCCCAUUUUAUAACUGGGAAGCUUGGAUAGAUAUUUUCUCAAGGUCACAAAAUAAUUGUGCAGAGAGGAGACUUGAAUCUAGGUCUUGUAGAAUCUAAGUUUAACUCUUUAUAGGCUGUAGCACAUUGCCCUUCACCAUUACUGCUUUUUCUCAGAACUAUAUUGAAUCCAUUCAAACACUCACUAGGAACAAAUUUAGGGGUUGCUUUUCCUAUUUGGCAGGCUUGCUGCACUCUGCACAUUUGCACAAAAGGACACCUUUUCACCUAAGGAUUGUCAGACCACACAAACAUACCCGUGGAAAAGGAAUUCCCUUGCUUUUCUCUUAUUUUCCAUUUUAUCCCAAAGAUACGCAACCACCCACACCCUGUAAAUAUGAGCAUGGAGGUACUUAUUGAUUGCUGGCUACCUGACAAAAAGUGGAACAAGAAUACCAAUAAAUAAAUAAAGCCCCCCCCCCCCAUAAUUACCUUGAGGGGAAAAAUUUUUUGUGUGUAGGGAGGCUUGCUUAGAUUAUUUCUUUGAUUUUAAAAAGUACAACCUUAGAACAUUAUACCACAAUCCUUGUUAAGAGUACAGCCUAGGGUUGCAUUGUCUGGGUUGGGAAAUUCCUGGAGAUAUGUGGGUGGAUUCUGAGGAGGGACCUUAGUAGGAUCUAAUGCCAUAAAGUCCACCUUCCGAAGCAGCCAUUUUCUCCAAGGGAAAUGAUCUCUGUGGCCUGGAGAUCAGUUGUAAUUCUGGAAGGUCUCCAGCCCCCACCUGGAGGCUGGCAACCUUGUACAGCCUGUGAAGUUGUUUGCUGAUAGUCAAACCAAAUCUUAUAUGAAAUGGCAUAUAAAGAUAAUGAUACAAACAUG